AUGGACAAACUAAACAUCUUUCGAGUUCUGACGCUAACUGAAGCGUUUGUCCUACACUCUUGGAAGGAGAGGGGAGCUAAAUGCUGUGAAGACGUGAUCGAGGUGGCCAAGGAAGCCAGGAGUAGGAACCUGGGCCCCCUUCACCCAACCUUCAACCUGGUCAAAGUGAUCAAGUCAGGCCUGAGUCGAGACCUGCCCGCGGACGCACAUACCCUGGCCUCAGGACGGCUGUGUGUCUCGCUGACCAGAGUGUCUGAUGGGGAAAAUGUGCUGGUGUCUGAGUUCAGCUCAAAAGACGAGCUCAUUCAGGCACUGGUCUGCAGCUCUUUCAUCCCCAUUUACUGUGGACUCAUUCCUCCAUCAUUCAAAGGAGUGCGUUACGUGGAUGGUGGGAUCAGUGACAACCUGCCGCAGUCGGAGCUGAAAAACACCAUCACCAUCUCUCCCUUCUCGGGUGAGAGCGACAUUUGUCCCCGCGACAAUUCCACAAGCUUCCACGAGCUGCGCUUCACCAACACCAGCAUCCAGAUGAACUUGGGCAACAUGUACCGCCUCAGCAGAGCAUUGUUCCCACCAGAACCCAAGGUAUUAGCUGAGAUGUGUCAGAGUGGUUAUAAGGACGCUCUACGCUUCCUUGAAGCCAACAACCUGCUGAUGCUGCAGCGUCCGAGCCCCGGCCUCACGCCAUCAGAGAGUGACCCUGAAUUCUGCUGCAAGCACACGGAGACGACCAAAGAUUGGGUGCUGCGGAGGCUCCGCCUAUUGCGCAAGCAGCACUGGUGGCUAGAUGAGCAGAUCAUUCUGCCGACACCAAUCAAAAAAGUGUUCUGCGAGGCCUGCCAGGAUAAAAGCAGCCUGUACGGCAAGGUGUCUGAGAUGCUGCCGAUGAGAGUGGCUUCCUACAUGCUCAUGCCGUACACACUUCCUGUACAGUCGGCCUACUCUGUGGCACAGAGGUUUGUGGAGUGGAUCCCUGAGGUGCCGGCCGAUGUAAACUGGCUGUUUGGAGUUGCUACUGGUGUAUACAAACAGGCCUGGAAAGGAGCACCAACCAACUCCGUCAGUGAUCCAUGCCUAAGGAAAUACUUGGAUGCUCCUCCUCCACCGGUACAGUGUGAGAGACCAACACAGUGGGACAAACUGCCCACUCUUUCCUCCCCAGACAUUCACGGCUCCUUGUCAUCACACAUCCACAAUCCUCACACCGCCCCCAUAUCUCCACAGGACAAAGUCUGCUUCUUUCUGAGCUCAGAUGACGAGUCUGACAACCAAGCACUGCAGUAGACACACUGGAGGACAUUUAUCAGUCAUACAGUCAAAUUCCUGCUCCUCUCUGUGAGGACAUGGUGGACUGAACCAGUGAGUAAACUGGUGAAUAUUAAAGAAACACACACACUCCAGGAUCAACAUAGUGUAUUUUGAUGUAGUGUGUGUCGUGGAGGCACACACAGCAAUUCACUGAGGAUCAUGGAUGUGUUAACAGCCCUGCCACCAGGGGCGUCAAAAGGCAGAGACUUCCCCAGCUCAGGAUUCAUUAAGGGUCACUCAAAGGUCGGUUUAGUUUGACCUUUGAAUAGGAACAAACUCACUUGAGGACUUGCAUCGACUGACCAUUAUAUUCCAUUGUCAUGUGACACCUGACCCCAGGCUUUUAUUUUGAAAAUGCAGGGGUCGAACAUGCGAUAGUGUGAUAAAAUCAUGGGCUCCGUUUUGAUCUCUCUGCUCUUUUGUUUCAUGUUAAAAUGUGAAUUAAUGUCAGUACAGUUGGCAGUUUUAAAAAAAUAAUAAUUUAAAUUGUUUUAACUGGCCUUUCAUGCAUUAUGAUCAUGAUUGUUGUGUGUCUGUGUUCCAGGUAUUACUUACGUUGUGGGGACCUAAAUAUGUUUACACAGUCACAUUAUGGGAGCUUCCUUCCAAAAAGCAAGUCCCAUCCAUCCGUCUUCUACCGCUUUAUCCUCCACUGGAGGGUCGUGGGGGGUGCUGUGCCAAUCUCAGCUGACCAAGGGCCGAUAGGCAUGGUACACCCUGGACAGUUCACAGUCCAUCGCAGCGCCACAUAUAGAGACAAACAACCAUUCACUCCUAUGGUCAAUAGGCCUAAUCCCCAUAUUGCAUGUUUUUGGACUGUGGGAGGAAGCUGGAGAAAACCCACACACACACAUGUGUAUAUUUGUUCAAUUAUUUUCUCUGAAAGAUGUAACAAAAAACAACCAAUAAGUUUUCUUCUAUUUUUUUAAGUAACAGAUCUAUAAACAAUAUAGAGAGAAUCUCCAGAGUUUGACAACUGCAAAUUAAGGAACGUCUACAGCACUCUCGGGUGAGAGUGGUGCCUGAAGCAGGAGCUCUGAACACUGGUUUGAGCUGAUUUAUCCUGAGUUUUCCCUCUCACAUGAAGUCACUCUGCCUUUUUCUUUUUCUGAGAUUUGACUCCAUGAAGAAAAAAAAAACAUCCAGAGUGACUUUUGUGGACAUUUCUGUCCUCACAUUCAGCCUACUAUCUCCGCAAAAUGUCCAAUGUAGCUCUGAAAGCAGCUCUAGUGCUGCAGUCACACCAAAGACAAAAAUUGCCAUUAGCAACAUUGGCACCACAAGAUCCUCUUUGUGUGCAUUCAUGUCUAUCGCAAGAGUGGUAACAGACCGACUUCCUCUUUUACUUUAUUUCAAGCUUUUUCUGUUUUUUUAAAAUGGCGUCUGUAGAUACAAUUUAUAUUGUCGUAGAGCUCUGGAUGUGAACACUCAGAGAUGACGUUUUUCCUCCAUCGUGAACCAAGAGGCAUUGCGGUGACAUCAGUUAGAGAAUCUCAAUGCUGAUUGGUUUUUGCAUUGUAAUAUGAGACAAAGUUUUUGCCAAAGUUAAAAUAUUUCAACUCGAAAUGCGCGUCUACUGGAUUGACUGCAGCAUAAUGGUCGGCCUUAUCAUUUCAAAUUUACUUCCAUCUUUUCAGUUCUUGUGUCAAAGUGUAAACACAUUCUUGCGAUAACCAGAGUCUAGAUUUUACAGACUUUAUACAUCCUAACAUUGUUUUUGGCCAACGUGGGCAUUGCAACAAAGCAGGCAGUUGAAGCUGUAAUGAUUUGGCCUACCCCAAAAAUAGCUGAUUAUGUUGUUUAUACAGCAACACGGCCAUAAGUUACUUAUGAAUAACAUAAUAAAAUGAAAAGUAAAAAAGAAAAAAGGGAAAAAAAAGAUACUGGUAUAGUGUAGGGGUCAAUGAUGUCACUUCGGUCUGGAACCAGAACCGGACACUGGCUUAACCAGACCAUAAAUCAUUGAGUGUGUAUUUUAAGUGGUGCAGCUUUUUCAGCCUUUACGGCACAAGAGGUCCAGGCAAGAUGGAUCAACUACUGUACAUGUGCAGCCAAUUAUACCACACAAUGGAUUAUUUUACCUCAUUUCGGGUUUGGACACAUGAUAACAGCAGCCACACUGAGUGAACCACACUGGUUUUGUUGGGAUUAGAACUCUUGUGUUACUGUGAACCGCUGAUGUUUCACAGCAACAUAAACAGAGAACAUUAUCUUUCACCCCAGUUUUAUCUUUGCAUAUCACAAAGUCACAACCUGGAGCAUUGUACAAACAUUGAACACUUCCUGUUCCUGGAAAAAAACUUGUAUUGUUUAAGUCCCUGAAAGUAUAUUGCGAUUUUUCAUUAUCACUGUAUUCUGAAAUUUUCAAAUCCCAGGAGACGCAAUAUUUGUUCAAGCCAAAAUGUGUGUCAAAAUAUCAUUUUAGAUGAAUUAUUAUUACACAUCUUAUUCUACAGGCUGAAGAGAACAUCUUGGUUUCUCACAGAGCUGCACAAAUAUCACACAUUAAUUAUUUUAAAUAUGUUUAUUUAACUGAGAAUGAGAAUAAUGAUCAUAUUGCAAUCGCAUUUCCUGUCAAUAAUAAAGGGUGAACUUAAUUUAGUGUAAUUUAUUUACACUUUUAAUGUCAUUCGCUAACAUUGUUAUAAAAUGUGCAUCUAAAGUUCUUUAUUCGUCUUUUUUAUUUAGUAGGACUGUUUACAUUUGAAAAGAUCAUGUCUAUAACCCACUUCAAUUUCUGAUUGGUUUUCAAAGUAUACAUUUAUACAUUUGAAAGUAUAAUUUCAUUAUACUAACCCCCCCUGUGAGUAAACUAGCUAAUGCUGAGGGGGUUUGGUUUUGGGGCCCCAGGUAACCUUUGGCCAUAAGCCUCCAAAGACCCUUGAAACACCCCUGCUGGCCACAUAAUUUAUCUCACUGGAAAUCUGUGUCGUGUUUUUAAUAAAAAUUAUUUCCACAAAACUGA